AUGGCCAUUGCUACCACACCUCGUGACGAGAAGCACCCGUCUUCUGACAAGAUGGACGUGGGGCCUACCGCCGGGUCCGUCAAAGAGGGCAUCACAUCUCACGAAGGUGACUUGGAGUCCCGUGAAGUCUUCCAGACCGGCGCGGAUGUUCUUGAGUUCAGGACAGUCAGCUGGCAGCGCGCCACUAUUGUUUUCUGUAAGAUCAAUUUUGCCAUGAGCAUUCUUGCCAUCCCCGAGGCAAUUUCGACUGUCGGUGCUGUUGGCGGAGCUUUAAUUCUCAGCGGUUUCACAUGUCUGAACGUCUACACUGGUCUGCUCCUCGGCGAUUUCCGCAACAGACACCCCGAAUGCCACAUGUUGGCUGAUAUGAUGGGCUUCCUUUGGGGCAGGAUUGGUCGUGAAAUCGUCGGUGUUCAAAUCAUCGUCCUUCAGGUCCUUAUCACGGCAGGUGGCGUCGCUACGACAGCUGUAGGCCUCAACGCCCUUUCAAAUCAUUCGCAAUGCACAGUUGUAUUUGGCCUGGUCGGCGCAGUUUUGGUCACGGCGUGCUCCUCUAUCCGGACCUUCUCCAAGCUCGGCUGGAUAACUUGGCUCGGAAUGAUCACAUUUACCAUCGGAGUCCUUGUCUUCACCAUCGCCGUCACCCAGCAAGACCGGCCCGCAGCAGCUCCCCCAACUGGUGAUUUUGACCUUGGUUGGAACGUUGUUGCGUACCCCGGCUUUGUCGUGGGCAUGGUCAGCUCUGCAAAUUUGUUCAUUUGUACCUCUGGCUCGUCCAUGUUCCUUCCGGUCAUCUCCGAGAUGCGCCGGCCUCAGGACUACCGCAAGGCUUGCCUUUGGGCUGGUCUCAUUGUCGGAGCUCUAUAUCUUGUUAUAAGCCUCGUCAUCUAUCGCUACUGUGGAAGUUGGCUCUCUGUUCCCGCCUUUGGAAGCGCAGGGCCUCUCUUCAAGAAGAUCUCAUACGGAAUCUCGCUGCCGGGUCUGAUCGUCGGCCUCGGCAUCUACCAGCACGUCGCCGCCAAGUAUGCUUUUGUCCGUAUACUCAGAGACUCUGAGCAUCUUCAGAGAAACACUUUCGUGCACUGGGGCACGUGGCUCGGUAUCAACUUCGCCCUUGGCACCGCUGCCUUCAUUGUCGCCGAAACCGUUCCUAUUCUGAACUACUUGCUCGGUUUGGCUGGGGCUCUCUGCGCCGCACCUUUCAGUCUGAUCUUCCCAUGUCUUCUCUGGAUGUACGACUUCAAGGGCUACAGAUCUGGCAGUCUUGCGCAGAAGGCUCAGUACACUGCGCAUGCCUUUAUAGCCCUCAUUGGCUCAUUCAUGGUCGUUGGAACAGCCUACGCGGUUGGAGUUGCCAUCAAAACCGCUUUUGACACCGGCGCGAUUGCGAAAGUCUUCGAUUGCGCCGACAACUCUGGCUCUAAUUAG